UGAUAAACUGCAUGUAUGUGAAGUGUGUAAUUUGCUGAGUUUUGUGAAAGGAUCAACAGGCCUGUGGCUACAGAUUUACUGCACUCGUCCUCGGAAGAGGAAAAGAAAAAACGUGAAACGAAAUGGCUAGUUCAAAGACCAAAUUCCUAUAUUAUGGAUGUAAAAUGUCCAGGUUGCUCCAAGAUUAUCACGGUUCUCAGCCAUGCUCAGACUGUGGCUCUCUGUGGAGGCCAUUCAGCAGUGUCGUGCCAGCCCACAGGAGGAAAGGCCAGACUCACAGAGGGGUGUUCAUUUAGAAGAAAGCAACACUAAUGAUCCACACAACCUCUUGAAUUUGUGUUAAGUCACAGAAAGCCUUAUUAGUUCAGUAAUUCCAGUUAAUCUACCAAAAUACUGGAAUUAUGUUUAAUUUUGUAAGGUAUACAACAGUGACCUAUUUUGGUGUCUGUUUUUCAAUAAAGUUUUGAUUAUGGGCAAAAAAAUAUUUAACAAAUCUUAAUUGCUACCAUAGUGAAAGAGCUCUAUAGAGCAUUCUGAGGUUCUUAAUAACUUUUGAAGAUUGUAAGUGGUCCUGAGACCAAAAAAAUUGAGGACUGCUGUUCUAGGUUAAGAAGCAGGGGCCUAGAGAGGUUAAAUGGCUGGGUAAGGCUGCAUAACUAGAGAAUGGUAAA